GCCGCCGAGGUGAGCGUGUCCGAGGCUCCGGUGCGCACGACCUUUCCCGGAGUCGGUCGCAACGCCCGCCCCUCCUUCCCGGCCGCCUUGCCCGCACAGCGACGGGCCAGCGACGGGCCUGGGUCCCGGGGCUGCAGUGUGACCGUGGUUUCUGACCAUGAACUCCUCUGGAGGAAAGAGGCAGGAAGCAGCAAGGCCCACGGGUAGAAAGGCUCACAAACCCCGGGAGCAGGACCCAGAUGUGCAACUGUCCAAGGCUCUGUCAUAUGCCUUGCGACACGGGGCCCUGAAGCUGGGCCUUCCCAUGGGGGCUGAUGGCUUUGUCCCCCUGGGCACCCUUCUGCAGCUGCCCCAGUUCCACAGCUUCUCCACUGAAGAUGUGCAGCGUGUGGUGAACACCAACAGGAAGCAGCGCUUCACUCUGCGGCCAGGAGAUCCCAGCACUGGCCCCCUCAUCCGAGCCAACCAGGGCCACUCCCUGAAGGUACCCGAGUUGGAGCUGAUGCCUCUGGAGACGCCACAAGCUCUGCCUCUGGUACUAGUACAUGGUACAUUCUGGAAGCACUGGCCAUCCAUCCUGCUCAAGGGCCUGUCAUGCCAGGGAAGGACACACAUCCACUUGGCUCCAGGACUGCCUGGAGACUCUGGCGUCAUCAGUGGCAUGCGCCCAAAUUGUGAAGUGGCUGUGUUCAUCAAUGGACCCCUGGCCCUGUCAGAUGGAAUCUCCUUCUUCCGCUCUGCUAACGGGGUGAUCUUGACUCCAGGGAAUGCUGAUGGCUUCCUGCUUCCCAAGUACUUCAAGGAGGCCCUGCAGCUGCGCCCUACCCGAAAGCCUCUCUCCUUGGCUGGUGAUAAAGGGACAAAGUAGCAGAGUGGCCCCAAGCACAGCCUGAGAGGAAGGAGGAUGAUCCAACAAUAAAAUAUUUAUUUAUUUUAAAAAAUCUAAAAAAGUAUCAAGAAACUCUAGUUUUAAACCAA